GAUACUCAACGUUUCAUUUACAUAAGAUGAAAAGAACUGACUCAAAUCAGUCUGUUUCUAAUCAAAAAGUCUUCGCCUCGUCUUUUCUCGAGAAUUCAGGUGCACUUGAUUACCAUCACGGGGCGGUCCGGUUGUAGGGGCUUCCCGUGUAGUGUUUAAUGUGUCCACCCACACGAAAAAAUGCGAGCUGUGAAACAUGCGCACCUUCAGCGGGGAGGACGUUUCAACGUCGUCACUGUGGUUAAAGCUGACUGGCUAAAAGUAGUGACAGUCUUUUUGUAAAGCAAAACAUACCCGCCCAGUGUCCCCGGGAUGAAGAGAGGACGAGAGCUUCAGCAGAAGAGAACAGGGAAAUGAAGUUGUCAGACUGGCCAGCCCAGCAACUCUCUCUUCACAACUAGGCAGCUAGCAAGUUAGGUGACAGACGGUCACGGGUGGAGAGAUUUACAUGAAACAUCACAGCUAUGAAGGUCGUCCGUUUGAGCAGUUUGUAGCUACAGUUAGUACGAGUUAGACAGCUACAGAUCUCAGAUAACGUUUCAGACAUUUCAAAGUUAACCUGACAGUGGUGAAGCAAAGUGGAAACAACUCGCUAGCCUGCCAGCUAACCUUUAGCCACCGAGCCUCCUUCAGCUUACAAACUCGGUUCAGUCGAGAUUGGGCUUGGUUUACCCUCUUUUCAGCCAUGCCUUUUCCUUUUGGGAAGUCUCAGAAGAGUCCAGCUGAAAUAGUGAGGAGUUUGAAGGAGCAUGUGGCUUAUAUGGAGAAGCUGGACGCUGGAGACAGCAAGAAGUGUGAAAAGGUUGCAGAGGAGGUGUCUAAAAAUCUGGCUUCCCUGAAGGAGGUGCUUUGUGGAACAGGUGACAAGGAGCCUCAGACCGAGGCAGUGGCUCAGCUCGCACAAGAGCUGUACAACACCAACCUCCUCAUUGCUCUCAUUGCAAAUUUGCAGAGGAUUGAUUUCGAGGGGAAGAAGGAUGUGGUUCAUUUGUUCAGCAAUAUUGUGAGACGUCAGAUUGGCACCAGAACACCCACAGUAGAAUACAUUUCUACUCACCCUGAGAUCCUCUUCAUGCUUCUAAAAGGAUAUGAGAGUGCAGAAGUGGCUCUGAACUGUGGAAUGAUGCUGAGAGAGUGCCUGCGUCACGAGCCUUUGGCACGAACGGUGCUCUUCUCUGAAGAGUUGUACUGCUUUUUCCGUUACGUGGAGCUCUCAACCUUUGACAUUGCCUCAGAUGCUUUUGCCUCAUUCAAGGAUCUCCUCACAAGACACAAGAUUAUGUGCGCAGAUUUCCUGGAGAACAACUAUGACAGGGUGUUUACAGAAUACGAGAAGCUCCUGCAUUCUGACAACUACGUCACCAAACGACAGUCUUUGAAGCUCCUUGGGGAACUUCUCCUGGAUAGACACAACUUCACUGUCAUGACAAAGUACAUCAGUCGGGCAGAGAACUUGAAGCUGAUGAUGAACUUGCUAAGAGACAACAGCCGAAACAUCCAGUUUGAGGCGUUCCACGUCUUCAAGGUAUUUGUCGCAAACCCCAACAAGACUCAGCCCGUGCUGGACAUACUGCUGAAGAACCAGACCAAGCUAGUGGAGUUCCUGAGCCACUUCCAGACAGACAGAUCUGAGGAUGAGCAGUUCUGUGACGAGAAGAACUAUCUGAUUAAGCAGAUCCGGGACCUGAAGAGGCCCACGGCACCGGAGGAAGCUUAAGGCAUCAGGGUCGACUGCUCCGUCAGGUGGUAGAUGUAGAGGUGGUAGCUGGAGCUUCAGAGGGCUAAAGUGAGAGUCUAAAAGUCAUGCUUCAUUAAGAUUUAAUAUUAACUACAAAAUAUAGGAAAAAAGUAAAGAUUACUUCCUUCACUUUCUGUUUUUAGUGUGGAUCUGGAGGUGAUUUCCAUCCAGAAACCUGAGUGGGCCAAGAACUGUUAUAUAAACCAUAGUGCUUCUUUAGUGAUCAUGAAAUGCAUUUAGUCUGUUCUUGUAAUGUUGGACCUUAAACUGUUACCCUUCUACAUUGUUGCUGGCAGAGACCUUAGAAUGACAGAAACUUCACCCCAUUCACAGUCAACACAAGCUCUGAGGUGUUCCUGAAAGGGUUUUGUUUUUUUUUUCAGAAACUUGUCUAUAUUUUAGAGAUUGAAAAACUGGGGAGAAGAAAAUAUAUUAUUUUUCUAAUGUGUCUUCAUGGUAAACAGUAACUCCUUUCUCUGACCAUUGCUUAGUCUAACUAAUUGCAUAGGUUUGGUUUAUUGCCUUAUUGUACGCUGGUCUGUUGUACAGGGAUUUGAAUGAUCUUUAGAAAUAUGGCUUCGGCACAGUGACACAUGAAUCACAUUGGCCAGGUCAGCACGUAGUAGUUUUUGGUGAUUAAUGUGUAGUUAGUAGGCCUUGGGUUGCGUGUGUGAGGUUACAGAGGUCAGAAAUGAUCCUGCAGUGCUGUACUCGCCAAUGCAUUAGCUGGCACAGGAAGAGAAAAUCAAAACCAUAGAGGAAUCAAUUUAUUGUGCUGUGAUUUUUAGGCUCAGCGAGGCUUACAUGACUGAAAUAGAAACGGGGCAUCAGAUAAUGCUGCAGGGUACCUGCCAUCCAUUCACUGCUAACAUGGACAGCUAGGAUACACCAAUUGAUCUCACUGAGAGCACUCCAUUUCACCCUCACACACUGAGCACAGAUGGCGCUGAUUCAUUUAAAACAAUGACUUAAACAAUUAAUUCAUGGGUUGAUGAACUAUUUAAUGUUUCUCCUUUUUAAAGCAUAAGCACUGCUCAACAGAAGAAAUAACAUUGCAGUUUACUCCAAGGGGUUGCCCAUGAAGAUGCAUCACAAGUAUGUUAUACUGACAUCUAUUAUAUUCAUAUCGGAGUUUUGUUAUUUGACAUGUUGAGGAAACUUAUACUGAAUUUCAUUAGGGAUUGCCUUUUGCUUGAAUACAUUUACUGAUUUCCCUUUCAUUUGACACAUAUUCAACAUCUGCUUCAUUUGAUUUGGGACAGACCGUAGUUAACUAUAUCUGUCUAAUCUUGUAUAAACAAUGUCUCUCAUCCAUAUAGUUAAGCUUCUAACAAAAAGAAAAGACACUGGCAGAUGCUUCAACAAAUACGCAUGAUUAGAAAAGUCAUAUUUCUGUGUGACUUUGUUUUCUGAUAUGAUUGUAAUAUUACAUUUGAAUCACUGUAACGUGCCUGUGAUGGAUCAGAAAGCACCUCCCAUCAGAUGUCACCAAAACUGUCAAAAUACCAACACGCACUGUUAAAACAAGAAAGUUUUGGAUGACGAGCACUGAAUUUAUUGAAUUCCUCACAUGCUUCACUGAUAUAGAUUACUUCUAAAGGAUUCUGUUGAAUAAUUGCCUUAUUUCUGCCAUUGUAAGUAAAAUGGCACAUUAGGGAUUUCAAGAUGUGUUUUCUGUGCACACAGUCUUCUAGUAUAUACCUCAUGGGAUUUGAGUUUGCAAAUGCUGUGUUCUUUUUUUUUCUCUUUUUUUUCCUUGACAAGAUAUUUUAUUUGACAUUUUAAAUACACCACAGUGGUUUGUAUGCAUGCCUAAACUUGAUGUAUAUGUUCAAACUUGAACAGGGACUGCAAACUGGUUUUCACAAUGGAAAACUAGAUUUUUAAACUUAAAUAUUUCAUUGGGUGGUUCCACACAAACGUUAAUUCAUAAUGAAUUGCAGCGUGGUACCUCGUAAUGAAUGUUGCCUUAUUUAAAGACAUUUAAUAGAUCGUAAUGAUCAUGUAAAUUUCCAGACCUCUAAAUUUGUUUUUGUUUUUUUUUAUAACCAAAGUCAAUAUGAAAAGGGGGAAAAUGUACAUUUCAAAUCCCAAAUGCAUUGCAAGUUAAUUUCUUCAGAUCCACAUCCAGUGUAGUGUAGGUCCGUCAACUGCAUUACGCUCCAAAUGUGAUCUGUGAGUGUAAAUAAAGUUUUAAUAGAGAUCAGUAGACGACACUCGGGAUAGUGUUUUAGUUGUAGUUAACUGGCUUUUUAAAAAAAUUACUUAUAACUAUUUGGUACACUGUUCCAAACAGUCCUGAGUUCAGUAUCAGGCCUUUUAGGAUCUAUAAAAUAAUUUGGGGAAAUCAGCUGAUACAAUAU